AGGGCCGGUGAGGAGGCGCCGCCGCCGCGGCCGGGGCCGGGGCCGGGGCCGGGGCGCAGGAGGAGGCGAUGGCGGAUAUCGACAAGCUCAACAUCGACAGUAUCAUUCAACGGUUGCUGGAAGUGAGAGGGUCGAAGCCUGGUAAAAAUGUCCAACUACAAGAAAAUGAAAUCAGAGGACUGUGCUUGAAAUCACGGGAAAUUUUUCUCAGUCAGCCUAUCCUAUUAGAACUUGAAGCACCACUUAAAAUAUGUGGUGAUAUUCAUGGACAAUAUUACGAUUUGCUUCGGCUUUUUGAGUAUGGUGGUUUCCCACCAGAAAGCAACUACUUGUUUCUCGGAGACUACGUGGACAGAGGGAAGCAGUCCUUAGAAACUAUCUGCCUUCUACUGGCCUACAAAAUCAAAUACCCAGAGAAUUUUUUUCUUCUUAGAGGGAACCAUGAAUGUGCCAGCAUCAAUAGAAUUUAUGGAUUUUAUGAUGAAUGUAAAAGAAGAUACAAUAUUAAACUAUGGAAAACCUUUACAGACUGCUUUAAUUGCUUACCAAUUGCAGCCAUUGUGGAUGAGAAAAUAUUCUGCUGUCAUGGAGGUUUAUCACCAGAUCUUCAGUCCAUGGAGCAGAUUCGACGAAUCAUGCGACCGACUGAUGUACCUGACCAAGGUCUUCUUUGUGAUCUCUUAUGGUCUGACCCUGAUAAAGACGUCUUAGGCUGGGGUGAAAAUGACAGAGGCGUGUCCUUCACAUUUGGGGCCGAAGUGGUGGCCAAAUUUCUCCAUAAGCAUGAUUUGGAUCUUAUAUGUAGAGCCCACCAGGUGGUUGAAGAUGGAUAUGAAUUUUUUGCAAAGAGGCAGUUGGUAACACUCUUUUCUGCCCCAAAUUAUUGUGGUGAAUUUGACAAUGCAGGUGCCAUGAUGAGUGUGGAUGAAACCCUAAUGUGUUCUUUUCAGAUUCUGAAGCCUGCCGAGAAGAAGAAGCCCAACGCCAGCAGACCUGUCACGCCACCACGGGGUAUGAUCACAAAGCAAGCAAAGAAAUAGUCAAUUUGACACUGCCUAGUUGGGACUUGUGUGAUAGGACAGAGCCUUCCUUCCUUUUUUCUUUCCUUCCUUCCUUUUUAAACUGGAACGUGCACUGGUCAGCUUGCUAAAUAGAUCCGUGUUUGUGGUUUCUUUUUCCCAUUUUUGAUUCAAUGAAUGGCAUUUGCUGGUUUCAGCAGCAAAUGAAAGACUUUCUCUACUCCCAAGGAAAGUUUCUUUUUUGAAAAACGAUUCUCUGUUCCUUUAAAAAGCAACUUCCAUUGGUGUCCCUGCUGCACACUCCAUAGCAGUUGGUCCUGUCAUUCGAGGUAACUGUACGAUUGACUUUUUAUUUUUUUGAUUCAGUACAAUAUAUGUGUAGUGUAAAUGCUUGGGUUUUUGUUUAUUUUAGGAUCUAAGGAGGGCACUAGUGUUCUCUGAGACUAGACAUAUGUUACUGUCAUAAAAUGCAUAUUGUUUAUACAAACCACUGUGAAUGUGUUUUUCCUGUGUUUUUUUUACACUUUAAAUGAUUUGUUUCAAAGGGAUCGCUUUUUCUUUUCAUUGUCUUGUCAUGUACAAACUAGUUUUAUUGCUCAACAUUAGGAAUAACUUUCAACCUUGCCAGCAUCACUGGUAUGAUGUAUAUUUAAUUAAAGCACACUUCCCCUGCCGUAUACUUUUGACAAUUAAAGCCAUUAUUUUAAAUGUUUGUGACUUUCCUAAAGCCAAAGUUUCUGUUGAAAUAUGUUAUUGACACAACCCAUAAAUACACGUUGGCAUGGUUGUAUGUAAAUGCCUUCCUCUUGGGGAUUUAAAAAGAAGUUUUGAUUUUGAAUAGCCAAUAGUAAUGCAGUGCUGUUUAUGCUAUUAAUGAUUAAAGUUAAUAAAAUUUUGUACAAUUUCCAUAUUGCCUAUUCAUUAAGUAAUCUUUUUACAGUUGCAUCAGGCCUGAACCCGUCCAUUCAGAAAGCUUCAAAUUAUAGAAACAGUACUGUUCUAUACGAGUGAUCGGUUAUGCUUUCUUUGGCCUACAUGCUUUAUUCUGCGGUGACGUUGAGGCUUGUAAGUCAAAAAACAAAGGAAUUAACUUAAUGUUCACCAGUUUAUACAAAACUCACAGUAUCUAUGACUUUUUUAAACUAAGAUCUGUUAAAGAAAUCUGUUUGAACAGAUGACAGUGUACUAUACCAUGUGGUGAAAACGAAUUCAGACUUAUUAAAUGAAGAACUUGUUAAAUCCUCUCAGUGUCAAUUUAUCAGCACAAUACACACAAGAAAACUGUUGAUGGCAUAUUGAGUAGAUUUUAAUGAAUAAAUUGCUCUGGAAAUCA